GUUGGUGCCAGUGAGAGAGACAGAGUGUGUGUGUGUGUGUGUGUGUGUGUGGGACCCGGAUGUUGAUGCCUCUUACUUCCGGGAGCUGUUUCAAUGACUGUCGGGGACGAGUUGGUGACAUAAACGGCAGAGAAAAAGAGCGGCUGAAGAGUAGGAGCAGGAAUGUCUGAAAGCGCCAUGUCUGCUGCUGGUGAGGCUCCAGGUCUGGCUGUAGAUUCCCAUACAGCUGCAGCUGAAAUGCAUGCACAGGAUUCUGAGUCCGACUCUGAGCUACUGGAGCUAAAAGUGCCUAACAUCAGUGGGUAUCAGAGAGCUUUAUAAGCAGGAAUCUGAAAUGGCAGAAGCACCUGCUAGAGAUUCUGCAGCUGAAAUUCCUGUCACCAGUAAUGGAGAAGUAAGUGAUUCACAAGAGGAACAUUUUACAUGGGACGUGAAGCACAUGAUGACUGGUGGGCCUACCCUGAAAGAAACCAGAAUCGUUUCCAGCAGCUAUGGUAGCCCCUCUGAGGGAAUAAUUGAAGCUGAACCAUACAGAGGUUCCUCUUUCUUUCCAAAGAAUCCAGUUAUGUUUCCCAGCAAUGCAGCUGCUACCAGAUUGGCUGAACAUGCGCAGGAUGUUUCUGGUCAUGCAGGAGGCCUGAAGAACACACAGAGUGGUCCAGUUGUCAUCACAGAUGACAUAUCUAAGAAUAUUGCUCUUGAAAAACUUGAACAGGUGAAAAAAUGGAGCAUAAGCACAUACAAGUGUACACGACAGGUCCUUUCUGAAAAGUUGGGUCGUGGUUCAAAGACUGUGGAUCUGGAGCUUGAAUCACAGAUAGAAAUAUUGAGAGACACCAAGAAAAAGUAUGAAAAUCUCCUGCGACUAGCUCGACAAAUGGCAACACAGUUCUACCAAGUGGUACAGACACAGCGGCAACUUGGGGAUGCUUUUGGAGAACUUAGUGUGAAGUCUCCAGAACUCCAUGAAGAGUUUGGAUACAAUGCUGAAACCCAGAAAUUGUUGUGUAAAAACGGGGAGACACUUCUUGGAGCAAUUAAUUUUUUCAUUGCCAGUGUGAAUACUUUGGUGAACAAAACAAUUGAAGACACAUUAAUCGCAGUUAAACAUUACGAAAAUGCCAGGAUAGAGUAUGAUGCAUAUCGUACUGAUUUAGAGGAACUGAACCUUGGUCCUCGCGAUGCCAUUACAAUUCCAAAAAUUGAACAGUCUCAGCUACAGUUCCAGAUACAUAAAGAGAAAUUUGACAAACUUCGAGGAAGUGUAUCAGUCAAACUGAAAUUUCUGGAUGAAAACAAGAUUAAAGUGAUGCACAACCAACUUCUUCUCUUUCACAAUGCUGUGUCUGCUUACUUUGCUGGCAACCAGCAUCAACUUGAACAGGUGCUGAAACAAUUCCACAUCAAGUUGAAGGCUCCUGGUUCUGAAGGUCCUUCCUGGCUGGAGGAACAGUGAUGUCUCAAAGCCUGAAGAUAUGAUUGAUACAGUUAUAAAAUCUAAUUGAAUUUUUUUUUCAUGUUAUGAGAUGGAGAGACAAUAAGUAAAAUUGUGGUCAAUGAUAUAGCUGUUUCUCACUUUUUUUGCUAUAUAUUAAUCUGAAAAAUUAGAUUGAAUAUGGUCAUUUUAUGUAACUGAAUAAACUUUAUAAGACCAGGACCUAAGAAAAAUAUUCCUUUUUGUACAGGGGUUAGAGGGGGAUAGUUAGUAUAUAUCUACAUUCAGAUUUGCACUGAACAGUAACUGUAGAUUUGUUUAGUGUCUUCUGGUCACUACAGUGUAAUUGUUUGAAAACAUGAUUGACAAUUUUAUAUACAAGUUCUUUCACAAAAAGGGCACCUGAGUUCACAAAGCAAGUGAACUGUUAAGCAAAAUGUAAUGACUUUGCAGAGCAAUAGGAUAGAAAGUCCCUGAAUGAAGCACCUGUGCUGAGUGAAAUGGUUAUUUUAGCACUCCAAAUUCCAGCCAAUACUGUACUUCCAAUAGACUGUUUAUUCAUUUGUUAAUUGUGUCAAAUAAGAAUCCUUGAGACUGGGUCAAGGAAGAGGAUAUGUAACUUUAUUACAAAGGCACCAAGCAUUGACAAUAUUUGCAAACAUCUGGUGACAUGUGAAAAUAUGUUAACUUGGUGCCAUUAACUCACAAGAUUUGCUUGCUUUUGAUUUGACAUCAUUGCUAUUUUCUUAAAGGUGUAACUCUAAUUAAGCCACGUACCAGCCUUAUGUCUACAAUCGUGUGCCUUUAACAAUACAUUUUCCCACUCGGUCACGUUACCGAGGUGCUUGAAACAUUUUACGAUUUGCUGUUGUCAUCUCACCACUCCCAGGAUGACAUGGGGAGGGAGUGGAGGAGGGAGUAAAGCAAGAUUGCGCUAAAUAUUUCCUCCUCAUAUUUCUGUUGUGGGAUUCUAUUAGCUGCAUUUGGCUUUAGUCUUCUGGCGAUGCUCAUGUUUGCUGAUAGUGUACUAUCAUUCACUGAUUUUUUUUCAUUCUAUGUAAACAGUCUUCGAAAUUAAAGCACCUACAUGUAAUUUUUUUGUCAUUCUGUUUAAACUUUGUGGCAAUACCUUCUGAAUUCUGUAUAUCGAAUAUUUAACAUUAAAUUAACCGCAUACUUUUAAUGUAAAUCAUAAUUGCAUUAUUUAAUUUUUUUCUCUAUGGUUGUCAGUCACUAUUUGCUAUUGAAGUUAAUAUCCGGAUUGUGCCUCUAUUAUAAAUACACAUAUAUGUACAAAUUAAAAGGUGUUUGCUGCAA